AUGCCAUUCGGACUGCACUCCGCAUCGGCGACGUCCCAGCGGGCGUUGGACCAGGUGAUAGGACCCGAGAUGAUGCCACACGCCUUUGCGUAUCCGGAUGACAUAAUUGUGAUCGGACGGGCACUACAAGAACACAAGCGCAACCUGAAAGAGGUUUUCCAGAGGCUAAGGGCGGCAAACCUGAAAGUUAACUCAGAUAAGUGCAAGUUUUUUCGAAAGGAGCUACAAUACUUGGGUCACCGCGUAACGGAUCAAGGCAUCGGAACAGAUCCGGGGAAAGUAGCGGCAAUAGCACAGCUGAAGCCCCCGGUAAACGUGAAGGAGCAGCGACAGUACCUAGGAGUGGCAUCGUGGUACAGGCGUAUUGUACCUGAUUUUGCGAUGCUGGUGCAACCGUUGAACUCACUCCUCAAGAAACAGGCAAGGACUUUCGUGCUACAGACCUACGCCAGCGACUACGGGCUGAGCGCUAUCCUCACACAGCACUCCGAGCAAGGCGACCGGGUCAUAUCCGACUCCAGCAGAGCGCUGAACGGAGCGGAAAAGAAUUACUCUGCGACAGAGAAGGAGUGUUUAGCGAUAGUGUGGGCUGGCAGAAAAUUAGGACCGUACCUAGAAGGCUACCAUUUCAAAGUGAUAAAAGAUCACAUGGCCCUGAAGUGGCUGAACAGGAUCGAGAGCCCGUCUGGAAGGAUCGGGAGGUGGGCGCUGGAGAUCCAACAAUACGAUUUUGAAAUCUCGUAUAGAAACGGCCAGCUGAACAUCGUCGCGGACGCCCUGUCGAGACAGCCACUGCAGAUAACGAGCCGCAGGAUAACGGCGAGGGAAGAAGGGCGCCCGAACGAGCAGCAAGAAUGCAGGUGGACAGGAGAGAUGCGGAGAAAAGUGAGGCAGGAUCCCCAAAAAUGCCCAGACUACCUACAGGAGGCCGGACAGUUGUACAGGCACAUUCCGCACCGGGCAGGAAAUGAGGAUAUGAUGUCAUGGAAGCUGUGUGUACCAACCAGGAUGAGGCAGCGCUUCAUGUCCGAGAACCACGACAUGCCGACGGCAGGACACCUGGGAUGUCGGAAGACAAUUGCGAGGGUGGCUGCCAGGUAUCACCGGCCAGGAAUGCACCGAGGCAUAAGAAGGUACGUGUGGAACUGCGAGAGCUGCAUGAGGUACAAGCCUAACCAGCUGCAAGCAGCCGGGAAAAUGCUGACCCAGGUGCCGGAAGAACCAUGGGCCACCGUGUGUGCUGAUUUUGUGGGCCCCUUGCCGAGGUCAAGGCACGGAAAUUCGAUACUGCUGGUCUUGGUGAACAGGUUCUCCAAGUGGACCGAGAUCGUUCCGAUGCGAAGGGCAGCCACCGAGACGCUACGAAAGGCUGUGCGAGAGCGAAUAGUGGCCAGAUACGGGGUGCCAAAAGUUAUGAUCACGGAAAACGGAGUCCAAUUCACGAGCAGGGCGUUCAGGAGGUUUUUGGAGGAGCUGGGUGUGGGACACCAGCUCACGGCUCCAUAUACUCCACAAGGAAACCCGACAGAAAGGGUCCAACAGGACCAUGAAAACAAUAAUCGCGCAGUUCACAGGGGCCGAUCAGAGGACAUGGGAAGAGAACUAGCCGGAGCUGCAGCUGGAGAAAACGCGGAAAAACUGAAGGAGAUCUUCGAACUGGUUUGGAGGAAUAUGAAAAAGGCAGCGCAGGAUCAGGCGCGUCACUACAAUCUCCGAAGGAGGCCGUGGAAACCCAAGGUGGGAGAAACAGUAUGGACCAAAGAGCACCACCUAUCAAAGCAGCCGAGGGCUUCGCGGCGAAACUGGCACCAAGGUUUGACGGGCCGUUCAAAAUAA